CUUACCCAAUGGGUAGAACUCCUUACUGUGACAAAGAGCAAAUAAGCAAAAAAGGACCUUGGUCCAAAGAGGAAGAUGAAUUCCUCAUCAACUAGAUCAACCUUCAUGGCGAAGGCAAUUGGAAAUCCAUUCCCAAAGCAGCAGGCUUGCUUCGAUGUGGCAAAAGUUGCAGACUCAGAUGGACGAAUUACCAGAGACCCGAUGUCAAGAAAGGGAAAUUCACUGAAGAAGAAUCUAACCUCAUCAUUCACCUCCAUAGCUUACUUGGAAACAAGAAUGAACACAAACCAAGUUCUCUGUAUUUCCAUCUACUAAAUAAUUGUUUAAUUUUAUCAAUUCUACGAGAAAUUAAAGUCGACAAAAAUAAUUUGCAAAAGACUUGUAUGUGUGUAGAUUUUCAAAAGCUUUUGGUGUGAGCAUGAAAUUAAUUUAGUGUUAACAUGACUUGAGUUACUCAAAUUUAAUUGAAGAAAUAGUGUAAACCAAACUAUGCUUGAGUUAGAUUAACAUAACACUCACCAUUAAAUGAUUUUAUAUAUAUGAUUCUUCUACUUAUUAAGGUUUUGAAAGAGAAAUUCUGAAAUGCGUUGAUGAUGUUUUGUGCAUGUCAUUAAUUAAUUAUGAUUUCCCAGAUGGUCUCAAAUGGCUAGAAGUUUACCCGGAAGAACAGAUAACAAGAUCAAGAACUACUGGAAAAGCCACCUCAAGCGUUACCUCACUGCCCUAGGAAUCGACCCUGUAACCCAUAAACCAUUCAAGGACGCCACCACAACUCCACCAACUAAUAAUUCUCAAGUGUCUAUGGUAACCACCACAAGCAAGAAUGGAACUAACAACACCGAUAGCAAUAUCCCCCGCAUCUAUUAUUUUAAUGUCUUUCUCAAUUCAAAGGUGCAAAUUAGCGCUGAUCAUGAUUGUUCAGCUGAUGGUGCAGACUCAAAUGGCAGCAGUGGUGUUACCAUAGAGGAAGCUUCUCCUCAAGUCAACUUGGAGCUUUCCAUUGCUCCACCCUCUCAGCCUGAAGAUGCUUCCAUGAAAGAAACCCUGAAUGGUUGAAACCACAGGAGUAACAAGAAGUGCAUGUUUUGCCAGCAACAAAUGGAAAUGUUAAUGAGUCAAUGUGUGUGCCUGUGGUGCAAUGUAGGGUUGCAAAGUAACCCAACUUGUUUCUGCAAAAACUAAGGGUUUUGAUACUAUGCUACUAUAGUUACUCCACCUACUUGUAACAAUGAUUGGUUGUAGAAUUUUAAAUUUUAGA